UGCAUAAAGUGGGGUGUUCUUCAUUCUUCAUAUAUAGAAAUCUAGCAAGUUUUCUGUCAUAAUUAUAAAUUUAUAAUCCCCUUUUACAAACCAAUUUCAGCAAAAAUAUCAAACAAUGCCAGCAAUGGUUUCCUCAAGAUUUCUAUACUGCCUCUAUCCCAUUCUGUUUCUCAUGAUUAAUCAAGCCCUUGGUCAAGUUCCAGAUUUUCUACACCACUUCUGUGUAAACGAGAAUGGAAACUAUGCCACCAAUAGCACCUAUCAGACAAACCUCAACCGCCUUCUCUCCUCCCUGCCCUCUGAAAAAAACGGUGACGGGUACGGUUUUUACAAUGCAUCCUAUGGUGAAAACUCGUCGAACGAACAAAUUUAUGCAAUCGGACUUUGUAGAGGAGAUGUCAUGGCGGAAGAUUGCCGCACCUGCCUAAAUAACUCCCGAUAUGCUCUGCCUCAGCGUUGCCCUAAUCAGAAGGAAGCAAUUGGUUGGCACGACGAAUGCAUGCUACGCUACUCAAACCGCUCCUUCUAUGGCGUUAUGGAAGCUAGUCCUUCUUUCUAUGUGCAGAAUCCUAAUAACAUAUCGUCGUCAGGCCUGGAUGGAUUCAACCAAGAGCUGAGGAAGGUAGCGGACAGGAUAAGAAAUGAGGCUGCAGCGGGUGGUUCUCUUCGGAAGUUUGCAUAUGGAAACGCAAGUGUCCCAACUUCCCAAACAGUAUAUGCACUAGCGCAGUGCACGCCGGACAUAUCCAAGCAAGCGUGCAGUGAUUGCUUAGGCGGAGCUUUUGUAGAUAUCCACAAAUGUUGUGAAGGGACAGAAGGUGGGAGAGUUUUUAGUCCUAGCUGUAACUUUAGAUUCGAGGUUUUCAGCUUCAUUGACCCUACAACUUUUACACCAUUGACAUCGCCGCCAGGCCCGCCACCCGUGCCACUAUCAAUGCCACCAUCAGUAUCUUCUCUUCCACCAUCAAACAAUACCACAAAUACUUCACAAGGAUCGAAGAGCAACAAAUCUCGGAUUGUCAUCAUUAUUUUUGUGCCAAUUAUUGCUUCUUUGUUACUAGUUAUGUUAAUGUGCUUUUGUCUAAGAGUACGGAAGGCAAGGAAAAAGAUUCAAAGUAGUUUAGUCCCAGGAGAAGAUGCGGACGAAAUGGGAAGGGUAGAAUCCUUGCAAUUCAAUUUUGACACCAUUAGAGUUGCCACAGAUGACUUUUCUGAAGCCAAUAAACUAGGACAAGGGGGAUUUGGUUCUGUUUAUAAGGGUAGGUUAUUGAAUGGAGAAGAAAUAGCAGUGAAAAGGCUUUCCGUAAAUUCUGGACAAGGAGAUUUGGAGUUUAAAAAUGAGGUCUUGUUAGUGGCAAAGCUUCAACACCGGAACUUAGUUAGGCUCUUGGGUUUCUGCUUGGAAGGAAUUGAAAGGCUUCUUAUUUAUGAGUUUGUCCCUAAUGCAAGUCUCGACCACAUCAUAUUUGACCCAAUUAAGCGCACACAAUUGGAUUGGAAUAGGCGCUACAGAAUCAUAAUAGGCAUUUCUCGAGGACUUAUUUACCUUCAUGAGGAUUCUCGGCUAAGAAUUAUUCACCGUGAUCUCAAAGCUAGUAAUAUAUUGAUAGAUGAAGAAAUGAACCCCAAAAUAUCAGAUUUUGGCAUGGCAAAGUUGUUCGUGCUUGAUCAAACACAAGGCAACACCAGUCGAAUUGUGGGGACCUAUGGAUAUAUGGCUCCAGAAUAUGCAUUAUAUGGGCACUUUUCUGUUAAGUCGGAUGUUUAUAGUUUUGGUGUCUUAGUUUUGGAGAUAGUAAGCGGACAGAAAAAUAAUUGCUUUCGUCAUGGACAAAAUGUGGAGGAUCUUCUAAGCUAUGCAUGGAUAUGUUGGAGGCAAGGGACAGCUUCGAAUCUAAUCGAUCCCACAUUGACGAAUGGUUCAAGAAAUGAAAUAAUGAAAUGCAUCCACAUUGGGUUACUGUGUGUGCAAGAAAAUAUAGCUGAUAGGCCAACCAUGAAUGCUAUUGUUCUAAUGCUUAAUAGUUACUCAGUCACACUUCCAGUACCCUCACAACCAGCAUUUUUCAGGGAUAGUAACGUUGGAUCUGACAUGUCUUUGGGAUGGAGGAAUAGUUCAGAGGUGAUGACAACCGGGUCGGAUCGAUCCAAGAGCAGCUCUGUCAAAGCACCAGAAAAAGAGGUUUCGAUGAUAACCGAAGUAUAUCCUAGAUAACUCUUUAGAUGGAAACUGCAUUUCUUUUUAUUAUGAUGUGUAAUUUAGCGUUUACAUGGUUCAUUGUUCUUUUCAAUGGUGCAACAAUUUACUCUUGUUUAGGUAAUUGCUAUGAGCUUGGGACCUUGUGUGAGA